AUAACGUAUUUUUGCAUUUUUGAAUUUUUUUCUUGUGUGACUUAAUCUAUUAACCUGCCCUCUUAAAAAUAAACAAGAUUGCCAAGAAAUAUUUUGUCAGGAGUAUAUUUCAAUUAUUAAUUAAUUUCUCUAAAAAUGAGCUUAGAAAGUACGCAAGAUGAAAAUGCAGUUCCGAAUGAGAAUUUGCCAAAAUUAUAUCGCGCUGCUGAACUAUCGAUGCUGGAUAUUGGAAAAUGUUCAAUAGGUCCAGAAAGUACAUACGAGAGCAACGGAACAAUGGAAAUAACUAACGUUGAACAGCAUGAAAAGUCUAGAACUAAGAAAUCACCAAAGACACCAAAUAUUGAGCAUCAACAAGUCAUUGACAAAAUUAGUAGAAUGGAUUUAAGUGACUUACAGUGCUUCCAACAAAAAAUAUAUGUGCAAAGUGUAGAGAAGAAGAUUGAAACAGAAGUACGGAAGAAACUUGAGAUAAAAAGAGCUGAGGAAAUAGAGAAUUACGAGAAAAUUAAGAGAAAUAUAGAGAUGAUGAGACUGGAAGCUGAAAGACGCCAUGAAAAUAAGAUGAAGGAACUAGAGAAAAGGUUAAAAAUUGAAUUAGAAAAUGAGAGCCAAGAGGAAUUAAUUUAUCAGGAACAAAGAAAGGCUUUAGCUGCAAACACAAAAAAGAUCCAGGAAGAAAAAGAAAACAAGUUAAAGGAACAAAUUAAAAAGUUUGAUGACGUAUUUAACAAACAGGAAGCGGCAUUUGUAAAAACCAUCCAAUCAUGCAAUCCUGAAAUGGCUCCGUCAAUAGAUGUCUUCAAGAAACAACUUAAAGAUAUUAAGAUGUUUAAAGAAACACAUAAAAGUUCAUUAGAUAUAGCAAAAUCGGGUUGUAUUAAAUUAGAUGCUCUUUGUCAGAAUCUCCAAAAAGAAAUAAGGGAAUUUGAAGCAGCUUCACAAGCUAGGAAAGCUCAAAAAGAUGCCGAAGAUAAAUUAGCAGCUGAACAGCUAGCAGCACAAAAAGUCGAAUCUAUAGUUCCAAUCCAAAUAGCUGCUGUUCAGCCAAGAAGUCAGGAUCAAGUCAAUCAAGUGCCUUUAGAAUCCAAUCCAAUUCAAUCGGAAGCUUUCAAGAUUUACAAUCAUUACAAACAGUUAUUAAUUAUUAAGAAGGAACAGACAAAUAAAUUGGACGAAAUGCCUGAAUUACAACAAAUCCGUUUUGCGUUAAAAGUUGCCAUAAAUAAUGCUAUCAAUUUACUUAAUGAAAAGAACAGGACUACAUUAAUUGACGGCUAUCAAAAACUAUUUACUCUGCUAUCUGGUCAACGGGUUAACACACCAAAAGGAAGUAUAGCUAUUACUGAUCAUAAUGAAGCUCCUGACUGGUGUAGAUUAAGAAUUGCUGAGAAGUUAAUUGAUCGUUGUGAUAAGGAACCGAGCAUUGUUUUUUAUACUGCAGCUUUGACAAUUGCAUUGUGGCAAAAAUUCCCAGAUUUUGGUGAGAUUUUUAAAGCUAUGCUUUACAAGGAAUGUCCAUUUUUGAUGCCAUUUAAACCACCAAAAUUAAAUACACAAAGCAACGAGGAGUUCUUAAAUAGUUGGGGAUUUCGUCUUGCUAACGGCGUUUGUGAGGAACACGUUUAUUAUGAGGGAAGAACUACAAAAUUUGCAUCUCUUCUUGCUGCUCUAUGGGUCUCAUUUCCUCGAAAAGGCGAAAGUGAAAUUUCUCCAUUUGACAUUAAACAUGCCUGGAUGUACUUUGCGAAUGUAUUAAACACUAAUCCAGAUUCAAACUAUUUUCAUAUCAUUGGAAAAUUACUUGAAGUUAGUGGAUUCAUGAUGCAUCAAGUUUACGGAAAGCAAUUUGUUAAGCUAAUGAUGUUGAUUAGAGACAGAUACAUUCCUGCUGUUCAUUCUGCAGUCGAUGAAGAAACUAGUGCGUCGUUUAAUAGGCUUCGUGAUACACUUAAUAAGUUUUUUACUGAAAAUAAGUUUAAUGAACCAAAAGGAAGAGUAAUCCUCGGUUAUUGGUAAAUUAUUUUAUUAAUUAUAAAUAUGAUUAGGGUUGUCUAAAGGUUGAUUUAUUUUUAAAUGUAACAAUCACGCUUUUAUAAAUUUAUCCGAACAAUCCAAAAUAUCCUCCAUAUCUCCUCCUACCACGGACUCUUUGCCGCCUUACUCUUGCGGUUCCGUUGAUAAUGUUAAUUGUAAUAUUGAAGCAUUCACGGUCUUUUGCUAAAGUUUUGGAUUAAAUCAAUGAAAUUUUAAUUUUUAUUGAAUUGAUUACCAUUUUCAUCGUCUGCAAUUAAUCCUCUAUUUUUUGAAUUGUCAUUUCUUGGAAUCGACAAUGUAUUACAAAUGACUAAAAUUGACACUAAAAUGUUCAACAGUGUGAUCCAGUUUCUGAACAUUUCUGAUUUAAAAUAAUUCAAAUUAAAUAAUGACAUUCGCUUUUAUAAAAGCUAGAAAUUCAAGUCCAAAAAAAUGAGGUGUAGAAAGUCACAAUUUUACAGAACCAUAAUCAUUGUAAUUUUAAUUUAUAACAACCUCGUUCAUGAAAUUUCCCAUAGACGUCACAUGUGAAUGACAUUUUUAGUGUGAAAAAGAGAUUCUUUAUUGACGAUUGAAUACAUCAAGAAACAUUAAUAAAAACAGUUGGAUAUGAU